AUGCUAUACGUGGUUGUGACAAUCGCGUCGUACUGGCAAGUGAAGGUGAUGCUGCGGGUGAGCGAGCACCUCGGGCCCGACUGCCCCGCCUCGCUGAGCGUGGACUCCCGCCGCCGCCAGGUGACGCUCGUCGACCCGUCCGUGCCCGCCGCCUCCGAGGACCGCCGCCUCGGCGUCGCCGCCCCCAAGAUGUUCGCCUUCGACGCCGUCUUCACGCGGGACGAGUCGCAGACAGAGGUGUGCUCGGGGGCUCUCACUGACGUCAUCCACGCGGUCAUAAACGGCACGGAUGGCUGCGUCUUCUGCUUCGGACACGCUCGGCUAGGCAAGACGCACUCGAUGGUGGGCGGCGCGGACUGCGCGGGCUCCAUGGGCGCCAUGCCGUGCGCCAUCUCGUGGCUGUUCCGCGGCAUCGCGGAGCAGAAGCAGCGCACGGGGUCGCGCUUCUCCGUGCGCGUGUCGGCGGGCGAGGUGGCGGCGCCGGCGCACCAGUUGGCAGACCUGCUCGCCGGCCACGCCAGCGGUACCGGCCUGCCCGCAGACUCGGACCAGUCGCCGGGCGUGUACCUGAGGGACGACCCGCUGUUCGGCACCCAGCUCCAGCACCAGAGCGAGCUGCGCGCCUCGUCGGCGGAGCGGGCUGCCUACUACCUGGACGCCGCGGUGGCCGCGCGCUCCGGCGACGCCCACUUCUUCUACACGCUGCACGUCUACCAGUACAACGUGGCCGGCAAGGGCGGCGUGGCAGGAGGGCGGAGUCGACUCCACCUCAUCGACCUAAGUAGCUGCGAGAAAGGAAAAGCGAGUGGUGGGAUCCCUCUCUCUGGAUUGGGAAACGUCCUGCUUGCAAUCUUCAAUGGCCAAAAGCAUCUUCCGUACAGAGAACAUAAGAUAACACAGCUACUGAAGGAAUGUCUGAGCUCCCUGACAUGCCAUGCGGCAAUGAUCGCCCAUGUAUCGCCUCUCGCUCAACAUUACACCGACACGCUGGCCACGAUUCAGUUGGCAUCCAGGAUACAUCGCAUGAGACGACGAAAAAUAAAGUUCAUGGGAGGAACUUCCACUGGUUCUGGUGGGAGCUCCGGGGAUGAGACUCGACCCCACGGACACGAGAAUGGCCACUCCACAGGCAGCAGCGAUGUCGAUCCCUCCAGCAGCGAGCAGAGCGCAGACACCGUCAUUUACGUCGGCCGCUCCGAUGACGCCACGGACGGAGAACAUCCGCCGGUGUACAUUCCCAGCCUGAACUCUGGAGACAAUCGCUGUGCCAUGGGCAAGGCUCUCAGGGGGUCGGGAGCUGAGCACAAGAGCACGUCCCCUGCGAAGCAGAAGAUACCGAACGGUCAUGUUGUCGAGGAUAAGAGCAGUCCUUCCCACAAAGGCGGGAAAAUGGCGCAGCAAGCGGGGCAUGGCGGCAGCAAACUUCCUACCUCCAGUCACGGGGGCUCCAAGUGUUCACCUGUCCGAACCGGCAAGUGCGCUUCCACCAAACCUGCCACUAGUGAAAACACUCCACCGUUGGGGCAGUCCAGCAAGAUACCCGUCCCUUACGGCUGCUCCAACGGACCAGUGGUCUCUGGAAGUGACGAGCAGUGGAUCGACGGCCCGAGAAUAUCGAAAUCUCGUGUCGUCGAGGCUCGUAACCUUUUGAAAGAAGGUGGCCACAAGAAGAAAGAAACAUGGGUGGACGGUCCUCUUCAGGCAGGGAAGACGACAGCCCACGGGGCAGGUUACGGUUUCAUGGACAACCACAAGAAGAGCAUGAUUCGUAAAUGGGUGGAGAACCAAACGACCCAAAUUCAAAAGCAGACAGGUGCCAAGCACGAACCCAGGCCUCCAGUCACAGGAGGCUCUACACAGCCAGCAUUGAAAGAACUUACUGCAUUUAAGACGUGUAAUGACGAAGUUGAUGAAACUUCGGUACCGCUACCUCAGGACCAGGUACCUACCAAUGUACCUCCUUCUAAUGCUCCUGAAGACAACCUACUAUUAGAAGAUGAGAUCUGCACUACAGCUCCAGAAGAGAUAGAUCAAAAUCAAGAUGGUGGAAUUCGAGUGGAUGGUAAUGGAUUCUCGGAUGAAAACAAAUCAAAAAGUUGUUUAUUUGAUAAUCUAGAUGAAAAGGAACCCCGGAAUGACAACAUUGAAGGAGAAGAAGACAGUACAACUGAAGAGAAGGCUUUUUCAAAAAUGCUUCAACCAUGCAACAAAGAAAUCAGCAUAGAUGUUUUGACCAACAACUUUGAUGUGAGACUCCGCAUUCUCGAAGACAAUCACCAGAAUCUAGAUCAUAGUCGAGAUUCUAAACUUGAAGCCAAUAGUGAGCACAAGCUAAAUAAUUGUGAGAUGUGUGACCCAGAGGAAGACACUGAGGAGGUGGGAGACUUUGAUGAUGAUGAUGAUGAACUUGAUAUGAAUGAUGUUGAGAUCAUAGAAGUUGAAGAACCUUUGGAACCAGUGCCAAUGCAAGACUGCUGUUUACAAGUGACAGAAGAGGACAUUGCCUUGUGCAUGGCAGGGCUGGAUAAUGCUUUCCGCAAUGUGGAUUCUGAGAACGAGGAGGAGCACCCACUCCGUGUUCUAAGUCAAGAAAACCUGACUGUUGUGUCUACUUUCACAGACUCACUGUCAGUAGCUACUGAUCUUGAAAGGAAUUUCCCAAGGCACCAGUUCCACCCUGCAACGGCUAACAACUCAAAUUUCAGUUCCCAAAGACCUUAUAGUUUGCAUGAGCUUCAAGAUAACUACCUAGAACAAAACAGACUGUGGUUGAUGGACACAAACACUACACCUAGCUGUGAAACUAAGCGACAAAUGAAUGGUGACGUUCACUACAGAGAUCAGUUGGCAAAACUGCAUGAGGCGUACAGGUCGAAACUAGCUCAAGUAGGAUCGUCACGUUCAUCAUUACUCAACGCUCAAUAUCGUCAGCAGCCUUCCCGUUGCCAGUCACUAUCGUUGAAUGACAUGCUUUACGGUUCUGAAUACAAUGAUGGUCAGAAAACGGACGCAAACUACGGGGCGUGCAAAGAUAACAGCAGCAUCUACAGCGAGCCUGUGUACAACCACUUCCGGCACGAGAAGACUCCCGAAGCAAAAAUAUGUGACAACUGUAAAAAGAGUCUCAACCCUGCUGGAACCUCGGUGAAAUUGUGGUACCAACCGUUGCUCUCAGGUAGCAGGGACCAAUUGUUGGGGCUUCCGAAAGGAGUCCACACAUCUCUUUGUGGUAAAAAUGGUCACAGGUUUUGUACAAAACUGACAGGAAGUAGUUACAACAUUUCAUCUCUGAGACAUCCUGAUGGUGCAUCGAAUCCAGACUUGAAAGAAGAAGUGAAACGGGUCCCGGGAAAUGGGUCGUCUGGUUCCGAUAGGGAAUUGGAGCUGAAAGGUUCCCACAGGCACUUGUUGAAAGGUGACCUAAGGACAGUUACGGGUAAAGAGAACGACGAAGAUGACGAUGACGAACCUCCGCCGACGUUACCGCCGCCACUACCCACGAGACUACACUCUCGCCUGUUCAGCAGGACGAACGGUAGCAAUCUUGUGGGUUACGACAGUGGACACGAGUCCGGCAGUCCACGCCCAACGAAAAUUGGGCCGCCCCUGCUCGGCCGACCCGGUCACUGCGAGAGCUCUGGGUACGAGAGUUUUCCACGAGAUAGCGAGUGCUCCAGUCUGGGUUCCAGUCACGACUUCAACCCAGGAGUCUCCACGUCCAGGGGCAGCAUGGAUGACUCUAAAAAAGUGGCCGUACUGCAGUACUGUCGUGAAGAUGUGGAAAGGCUGGAACGCAGAUGGUCUGAAGCACGAGGAGGAAAAAUCAGAGAGCUCAAACAACAACAACAAGAACUGAAGACAGAGCUGGAAGCUGCCAAAAACAGGCUGCUGAUACCACCCUCGCGGUGGAGCUUCGAACUUCACGUGGAGGCGAGCAUGGACCAACGGGAGCCCAGUUUUGUGGAGGCGUUGGAGCGAGAGACGCUGAUCCUCAGGAAGAGAGUUGAAGCUUGCAAGUCCCGCAUCCUCAUCGUCACUUGCUUCGACUCCGUCACCAAACCACCACAUGACUAACGACAGCAGCACAGCAUCCACGCGUGGGGACCAACAAAUUCCCCAAAGUAGAAAAGACAUUCCCAAACUGGCAAUGCGUGGAUGCUGUGAUGGCUUCGAUUCUGAGUUGUACUGUGGCAGUUCUUCGAGACGUAGCAGUUACAGGAAGAGAUCAGAAAUUUAAAACAGCCAGCAUGACAUACAACAAUAAUCAUGCCUUUCAAAUGUAAGUUGCAGGACAUCAUGUGGUGGUACCCCGUACGAGGGAAACAAUGUCGCGGCACCUUACGAUGAGAAGAACAUCUUACAAGAUGCAUUACUGGACCAAUGCCCGUGCUCGCUUCUAGCCUGAAGCAAGAGACUCUUAUUACCAGCAUUUAGACCAAGAAAGUUUUGUAAAAUAAACAUACACCAUUUUCAGGCUAAACUAAAAAAAAAAUUUCACAGUGCCAGUUGAUUGAAAUUGUAUUUUCAAUUAGUGACAUAAUCAUUGUUUGUGCAAGAUGCCUAUUUAAAAUUAUACUUCAAGACAUGAAAUUUCAUUUUUUUGAAGGAGAGAGAAACUUUACUUGGAGACUGCAGAAAUGUAGUAGGAAAUAAAAAUUAUCUUGCAAACUUUUAUCAAUACUACAUAUUUUUUAAAUAAACGGAUAUACGUAUGAGCUUUUGUAUGAUGGUCUAAAGCAAUCACAUUACAAUACAGAUAUAAUUUGUGUGAUGUGAGUAAAUAAAGUCUUAUUCUUCCAGUUCCUUGGUGCAAAUGAUUGUCAUAUGUAUUUGCAUUGCUGUUGCUGCAACUUUAAUCACUUGCAGUAUCAUACGUGUAUGCACAAAUGUAGUGUUUAUUGUAUGUGUUCAUCAACCGACUUGUGACAAUAUCUGUGAUAUCCUCAUUGUAAAAUAGACUAGGGUGUAUAUAAGAAACUGUCUUGGGCUGCAGUGUUAUUGUUCUCUUGCUUGCCUCAUAUUUAAUAUCAUUUUGUUUUCCUAGUGCUUUGUAUUUAGAGAUAUCUAAGAAAUUAAUUCUGUAAUUAAAGCAUUUUUACUAUUGUUCCUCUGUGUUUGUAAUGUACUGUGGUAGGAAAAUCAGCACUGUGUUGUAUUGGUAUGUCAUUUCUGCAUAAAUACCCAUGUGUGAUCAAUUCUUUAAACAUAUUGCUGUCAGGACAAGCUUUACCAUUAACGUGAAACUUUUAUACAUCAGUAUCUACAUAAAGUAACAUUAUAGAUGUUUUAAUUUAUUUCAUUUGUCAUAAUCUGAUAUUUUUAUACUGUUAACUUAAUUUUUGUGAACACAAUUAGCCUUAUAUAAAACAUUAUGGCCAUCAAUCGAAA